UUUCAUUGCUGCUCAGUUGAAAAGCGUUGCGCAGCGCUUGCACACGGCCGAAGAAAAAACUGUUGCUAAAAAAAACACACACAUUGUUCGCCCUCAAAGAGUAAAAGAGCGGGCGUAUACGUAAUGCAACGUAUACGUAAUAUGCUCUUAACGCGCGCCGAGUGCGAGCAGAUCUUAAAGAACGUGUUGAAUGCAACAGAAGAGCAGUUGCAACUAUUGGACUAUCGACUGGCAAGGGAUACAUCAGCUGUGGGCUAUCUGGGAGAUUAUUAUACGCUGACACUAAGCUAUUGCACUGCUGACACUAAUAUUCUUCAAUCUCGAGAACUUUUUGUCAAAGCGCUGCCACAGCUCAGCGAUGAGAUGGAAAAAGAGGCCAUUUUUCGCAAAGAGGCGUGGCUAUAUGAUACCCUGCUAACAAAAAUGCAAAAAUAUUCGAACAUCAAAUGGAGUGCUAAAUGUUUUUACACUCGACCAGAUCUUAUUGUGCUAGAGAACAUCAAGCUAGCUGGCUAUCGAGCUGCCGCAGAGAAGCUGCUGAGCGAGACGCAACUGCAACAAUUGUUACGCAGCAUGGCUGCAUUUCAUGCGUCCAGUUUGGCUUACGAGCAGCGCCAGAACUUUAAUAUUGGACGCGAGUGUAGCGAACGACUGCAGGAGAUUACGGUCGCGUCCAAUAUAGCCUGGUUUAUCACUGGCAUAUCUGCUGUUCUAGCUGUGAUUAAGAGUCUGCCACAGUAUCAGGCGAACAGUUGGAUUGAUCAACAAUUGGCCAAGAUGGUGGAGCGAGUUUAUGAACAGGUUUCACCCUCGACGAAAUAUCGGAAUGUGCUCUGCCACCGUGAUCUAUGGGCAGGCAAUGUUCUCUUUCCAGCUGAUCCGCAGGAUGCAGUUAUACUAGUUGACUAUCAGACCUGUCGCUAUAGUCCACCAGCUAUCGAUUUAUGCUUCUGCCUGUAUUUAAAUCUAUCAAGCACCGAGCGACAGCGUCGCGAAUCGAAAAGCCUUGAUUUGUAUUACAAUUGGCUGCAGCAGAGCUUGCAGCACUUUGGCUUGCGAUCAGAUGAAAUAAUAUCCAAAGAGGAACUGCUGCAGUCCUACGAAGAGUUUCGUCUCUUUGCUACGGUCUACAGUGCUGUGGCGGCCACAAUUAUCAAGGUGCCUCCUGCAUUCGUGACGAACGAAUUCAAAUACAUAGAUCGCAGCGCUGUUAUAAUGAAACAUAUGAGAGGGAAUGCAGUAUUCAGAGAUGAAAUGGAAAAGUGCUGUAUCGAAGUCGUUGAAACUGCUAUGAAUACUUUAUAGCUGCGUCUCUCUCUCUCCCUCUCUUUUUCUCUUUCUCUUUUGUUUUCACUUUACACUCUCUUCUCACACUAAUUCAAUAGAAAAACAUGAUAACUUAUCGUAAAUAGUAAACAGAAAUAAAAUUCAUGUAAACAGCACAGCACACCGAUGCUUUUAUACACUAAAUGAUGAUUAUUAUUAUUGGCCUUUGUGCGAAUUAAUUUUAAUUUAUAUCAUUUAUUGUACAAGAAAUUUAAUGGAAAUCAAAAAUACAUACUGUGUGUUAUACAUGGCACUACAUUAGUCUACUACAUGGCAGUACAUUAGAAAAAAAAUUAUUAUGUCUACAGAAAUUUAUUUAAAAAAUGUUUUUUUAAUUGCAGUCAAUUUU